AUGACAGAGUCUUCCCUGGCCAUUGAAUUGCUCGUCGUAAUCCCCAUGAGUCACUUCUUAGCCGUUCUGUCUUCCGGGGCAGUUGCCCGGGACCUGAAGUACCUCGGUCAUGGAGCCUACUCGGGUAAUUUUCUGACCCCGGGCUUGACCUAUCGCUUUGAAAAUGAACGUCAAGAAGUACUCCGUAGAUGUCAAGAGAUUCCGCUCAGCCAUUACAAAGCCAGGUUCUUUUACGUAUUCCUGCCGCAAGGCUUCGAACCCGAGGGGAAAUUGUAUGUGUAUUGUGUGAGUUCAGUGUGGAGCGUCUGA